AUGCCAGUCCGGUGGCAUUUCCUCAUCUCACUGUGUUGCUUUUUGCUGUCGAAUAGUGCGCUGAGCAGUCCGGUUUCGACGACAGAAAUAGUACCAUCGCCAGAACAGCAGCGUCUUAUUUAUGUGCAAGCUGUCUGGAGACACGGCGAUCGUGCUCCGCAUCGACUACCGUAUCCAAAUGAUCGCAAUAAUGAAAGCGCAUGGCCAAGAGGAUGGUCACAACUCACAAAUACUGGAAUCAAACAAUUGUACGAACUGGGACGAUACUUUCGCAAACGUUACAACAAUUAUAUUGGCGAAUUUGAUCCAAAUGAUGUACGGGUCAUGACAUCGGAAUCGGACCGCGCCAUUGUCAGUGCGCAAGCUAUGCUUUAUGGGUUGUUCCCGGUCGAAAACGCCAAUGUUCAGUGGCUGGAUGGCGAGAACUGGCAGCCCAUACCGUUUCAUAUUGAAAGCAUCGAAAGAAAUGCACCAGUGAGAACUUUCAUUAUCUUAGUGCUAAUCUUUUAUUGCAAUGGACGGAGGUAAAU